GUUUCAUUAGCAAAUCAAACGCCCCACUUUGAAUUUGUUGUGACUCUUAAGCCUGUGGGAGUUCUGAAUUGUGUGUGUGUGAAUGUGUGUGUCAGGGGGCUUUAUAAAAGGUCUGUAGGUCGAACCUGAAGUCAGUUUAGUGUCUGAUCAUAAGAGAAGCUGCUGUCACCAACAGGGACAAUAAGAUGCAGAUGUCCCACAGGCCUGUGCAAUGGCUCGCUGUCAUGCUUCUUGUCGUCUUUACAACCACCCAGUGUCAAGAGAACGAGAGUCGCAGAGCUGUGAGCGAACACCAGCUGAUGCAUGACCGCGGCCGAAGCAUCCAGAGUCUCAAAAGACUCAUCUGGCUGUCCAGUGCCAUCGAGGGUCUCCACACUGCCCAGACACGUUCUGCUGCUUUCAAUCCCACAAAAGCCCUGGACCUGGCUCUGAGUCCGGCUCUGGUCCCUGCUGCUGGGAGCUCCCAGCCCACACGGGCACAGAGCCUCCUGAGAGACUUCUUUAAUCCAUAUCUGACUCAACUGCCCGACAGAGAGCCCUAACAUCACACUGAUGCACAAACAUGAAGCUACUGUACACAUUCAUGAAAAAUAAUUAUUUCUGUCCAUCGUUUUAACAAUGAAACCCCUAAAAGCACCACGACAAGAACAUCUAUAGUGCCAAGACACCCAUUCUCUGUCAAGAUUUCUUUGAGUUUGAGCUGCCUGGAGGUAGUUUAGCAGUAGGCCGUGCCACAGAAACACUUUUUGUCUUAAAGUAUAAUUACAUUAUACAUUAAGGACAUGGUGACACAACCAAAAAAUGUAAAUGUUUUCAAGCACAAGAUGAUUUACAGUUUUGACUUAAACGCAACCAAAUGUUUUAACUAAGUUUAGCACAAACAUCCACUUUUAUUAUCAGUUUGAGCGCGGACAGACCACUCACCGAUUCAUCUGCUCUGUGUCUGCAGACAGUUAGCUAGCUAGUGUUAGCUACCUGGCUAACAGGUGAGGGACAGCGUAAAAAAAAGUAUAAUCUGCACACGUCUCAUGACCAGACAUGAUGACUUGUCAACAAACACAAAACUCAGGACAGUGUGUAGAGUAAUUUUUGUCCCUCUCAUAGAUUGGAUCAUUACAUUACAUUAAUUUCCAUUUUAUUACUAAGCCAUACUACUAUCAUAUUUACUUUUGCUCCUUUAUAAUCACACUUCCAGACUACAAACUGCAGCCUCACUUUCAUACACAGUUCACACUGUGGUCGCCCUGCUUAACAUGUAUUUAAUACCCAUAUCAGACCUGUGACCGCAGCUUUGUUGGACAGAGGGCUAAUGUGAACGUAAUGUUAGUGACAUUUGAGAAAGAGUAACGUCUCAUACACAUAGACUGCAGCUCUUCAUUUGAAUCUGAAUCCUAAAAAUUGGUUUCAUAUACCUUGCACCAUACACACACAUCUGCAGAGAAAAACUAACGCCCCUGAAUUUUAUUUUUUAUCAACAUAGUGAGGAACGCUAUUUAUACGCUUUUCUUUUUUUUCUAAAAUCCAAAAAUCUUCAAUAGUAUUGCAAUACUUUAUCCUCUAAAAUAUUAUACUCUUUUCAUGGUUAUGUUGAGGCACUCACAGCACUUGGUUAUGGUUAAGGAAAGUUGUUAAAUGUUGUUAAAUAUUGAAAGAGUCCAAGGUGACAUAAAGCAUGAGACAGAACACAUUUACCUCAAUUACAAAUAACCAAAGCCACAACGUUUCCCGUACACCAUUGCUUUUGUUGCCUAAAGCUAGAAUUAUGCUUCUCCUGUCUGCAUGGAGGCGAACGUGCACGUGGGUUGCUUGGAUAUUUCUUUCAUACUUACAUGUAGCACAUUUACGUUUGUUCUCAUUUCUAUUUUGAACCAGCUGCUCGACAGGAGUUGAAUCAACCAAGCUCCUCUGUGGCCUACACCCAUAACACCCUUCUCUGCGUAGGUUUGCAGAGAUGUUUACAAGUCUAUUCAGCAAAGCAUAAUUCCAGCCCAAACCUAACACACACUGGAGUCAGGAUAUGAACUGCAGUCUCCGGUGUUAGAGUACUGAAAUUGGUCCAUCAUCAACCUCAACUAUGACUGUUGUGUGGUACAACAAACUGAGGUAUUUCAUUCACUUGAAAAACCAUUGCCUCUGAAUAUAACUAAGGGAACAGUUACAUUUUCUUAAAAACGUUUUUGGCAAACUAGUACGUAAACGUAAUUUCUACAACACAGGGUUGCAUUGUUGUGUCACCUCGACACAGAGACCCAAACAAGAGUCCUAGGCUACCUAAAAAUAACAAAACACAAACAUAGAUUUUGUCUAAAUUAAGUAUAGUAGAUGAAUAUAGGCACUUACAUGCAAAAAAGAUGUGGUUGUAGGUGUAAGACGUAAGCAAAUACACAUAAGAACUGAUUUGAGAAAAUAAUGAAUGAGGUGGAGAUAAAGAACACAACAGCAGUGUUGAGCAGUUCAACUCAGAUUGCUAAAAGCUUCAUAUUAUCUUAAGCUGAAAUUUACAGAAUUAGGACUGUGGAUUUUGUCCUCUAUUUAUAUUAUAUAUAUAUAUAUUGUUUUUUUUUUGUUUUUUUUUUACAGUGUAGUUGUGUUACAACUAGUUCACUUGCAGAAUGGACAGGAUGAAAAGCCUCCACAGUGGUGCAGUAUAGAAAGGGAACUGACACAGUAUAAUCCUUUAGAUCUUAUACUUGUUUGUGUAUUAAAUAUUUUUUAUCAUCACCAUUGGAUUUUAUGCAACGUAAUGCAGCUGUCAGCAUGUGGGUGUGUGCAUGAUGAUCAUUGGUCUUUUCUUGGCUGCCGUUAUUGCUUAGUGUAUGAUAAUACUAAGGUGUAGUAGAGUCUAUUACAGCUGUUGUUUCUUCAGUACUUUGUUGACUACUUUUACUUAGCAGUGAUGGAAUCAUGUUUACAUCUCUUGUUCAGAGUCCAGAGUUUAUAAUAAACAGUAGGCUACAUAAUGUGAUCUGAAGUUAAAGACUAGAUAUAACUCGAUGUAUGGAAUGAUAUUUAUGAAUACAAAGUGUCUGAUUAAUUCUCUUUGUGCAUGUAUAAAGAGAUGUGUAGUUGUAUAACAAUGAUUUGAAUGCCUGUAAUUGUAUUGUGUGGACAUUUCUAUUAAACUUUGUGGAUGCAU